AUGGAAUCUGAGGUUUCUUACGGUUUCGUUUAUGGAGUUUCGGGUCCCGUCGUCACUGCAGAGAAGAUGGCAGGAGCUGCCAUGUACGAACUCGUCAGAGUUGGGCACGGAGAACUUGUUGGAGAAAUCAUCAGACUUGAGGGAGACUAUGCAACUAUCCAGGUUUAUGAAGAAACUUCUGGUGUAACUAUUGGAGAUCCUGUCCUCAGAACUGGAAAACCUCUCUCAGUUGAACUUGGACCAGGUAUUAUGGGAUCCAUCUUUGACGGAAUUCAACGUCCUCUGCAUGAUAUUGCCGAACAGACUAAAUCUAUUUAUAUUCCAAGAGGACUUAAUAUAUCCGCCCUCUCUAGAACUGCUCGUUGGGAUUUCGUGCCUUUGAAAGAAAUUACAAUGGGUACUCAUGUUGCUGGAGGUGAUAUGAUUGGAUCAGUGGAAGAAAACUUGCUUAUCAAUCAUAAAGUUAUGGUUCCUCCUAAAGUUUGUGGAACCAUUACGUAUAUUGCUCCUGCUGGUCAGUACACUGUUGAUGAUGUUAUUUUCGAAGUUGACUUCAUGGGUAAAAUCACAAAGUGUACGCUGAUCCAGAUAUGGCCUGUUAGACAGCCCAGACCUGUGUCUGAGAAAUUAGCUGCAAAUCAUCCAUUACUUUGUGGCCAACGUGUUCUGGAUGCACUGUUCCCUUGUGUACAGGGUGGUACUACUGCUAUUCCCGGUGCUUUCGGUUGCGGAAAAACUGUAAUUUCGCAGUCUCUUUCCAAAUAUUCGAACUCUGAUGCCAUCAUUUAUGUAGGAUGUGGAGAAAGAGGAAAUGAAAUGUCUGAGGUACUUCGUGAUUUCCCUGAGUUAACAAUGGAAGUAAACGGAACUACUACAUCAAUCAUGAAAAGAACAGCCCUUGUUGCCAAUACCAGUAACAUGCCUGUAGCUGCCCGUGAAGCUUCCAUCUAUACCGGAAUUACUUUGGCUGAAUAUUUCCGUGAUAUGGGUCUUAAUAUUUCCAUGAUGGCUGAUUCCACAUCACGUUGGGCUGAAGCUCUUAGAGAAAUCUCUGGUCGCUUAGGAGAAAUGCCUGCUGAUUCUGGAUAUCCAGCUUAUCUUGCUGCUCGGUUGGCUUCCUUCUAUGAACGUGCUGGUCGUGUUAAAUGCCUUGGAAGUCCAUUGAGAGAAGGAUCUGUAACUAUUGUUGGAGCCGUUUCUCCACCUGGAGGAGACUUUGCUGAUCCAGUUACUUCUGCUACUCUUGGUAUUGUUCAAGUUUUCUGGGGCUUGGACAAAAAAUUGGCUCAAAGAAAGCAUUUUCCUUCUAUCAAUUGGCUUGUUUCCUAUUCCAAGUAUGUGCGUUCUCUUGAGGACUACUAUGAGAAAGAAUAUCCUGACUUUGUUAAUCUCCGUACUAAGAUGAAAGAAAUCCUCCAAGAAGAAGAAGAUCUCAGUGAAAUUGUCCAACUGGUUGGAAAAGCUUCGUUGGCUGAGAGUGAUAAAGUUACAUUGGAAGUAGCCAGAGUCAUCAAGGACGACUUCUUACAACAAAACGGAUACACUCCAUACGACAAAUUUUGUCCAUUCUACAAGACAGUAGGAAUGAUGAGAAACAUGAUGGCAUUCUAUGAUCUUGCCAGAGGAGCUGUUGAGAAAACUGCCAUGUCCGAUACUAAGAUAACUUGGACUAUCAUCAGAGAGAGAAUGGGAUCUCUGUUCUACGAGCUGUCCUCUAUGAAAUUUUUGGACCCCAAAGAUGGCGAACCUAAAGUUCAAGCCAGUCUAAAUAAGCUUUAUGACGAUCUUCAGCAAGCUUUCCGAUCUCUGGAAGAUUAA